CGAAGAUAGCCGACCCAAAUUUCCGUGAUUUGUUGGUUUGCGUACAGAUUUUUCACGAUAUAAAUAAUUAAAUAAACGGUGAGCUUACACAAAAUCCAGAGAAAUUGGGCCCAGCAGUGAGUAAUGGAGAGCGAAUCCAGAGAGAUCGGCGAGCACGACGAGAGCUCCAGACUGGCGAUAAUGGAGCUGGCCAACAUGAUCAGCGUCCCCAUGUCCUUAAACGCCGUCGUUCGCCUCAACGUCGCCGACGCCAUCUGGCAAGGCGGAUCCAACUCCCCCAUCUCCGCCGCCCACAUACUCUCCGCCGUCCUCCCUUCCGGCGGCGGCGACGCCGAGAAUCUACAGCGCAUCCUCCGCCUGCUCACCAGCUACGGCGUCUUCCACGAGCAUCUCGGCCCUGAUAAUGACGCCUCGUCAAGAAGGUAUUCGCUGACGGCGGUGGGCAAAACGCUGGUGACGGACAAAGACGGCUUAUCAUACGGCGCCUACGUGCUGCAGCACCACCAGGAGGAGCUCAUGAGAGCGUGGCCUCUGGUCCACGAGGCGGCGGCCGAUUCCACGUCCGAUCCGUUUGCCAAAGCCAACGGCGGCGUCACUGCGUACGCCCACUACGGCCGGAACCCGGAGAUGAACGCCCUGAUGCAGAGGGCCAUGUCCGGCGUCUCCGUCCCUUUCAUGAAGUCCUUCUUGGAAGGGUACGAUGGGUUCCGAGGUGUGAUGCGGCUGGUCGACGUCGGCGGGAGCGCCGGAGAUUGCCUGAGGAUGAUCUUAGAGAAGCAUCCCAGCAUCCAACAUGCCGUCAACUUCGAUUUGCCGGAGGUUGUUCAGAAGGCCCCCCACAUUCCUGGCGUAGCCCACGUUGGCGGUGACAUGUUCAAAUCCAUACCCAACGGCGACGCCAUUUUCAUGAAGUGGGUGCUAACAACAUGGAGUGAUGAAGAGAUAAAGGUGAUCAUGAACAACUCCUAUGCUGCCCUCCCACAAGGAGGGAAGUUGAUCGCUUGCGAGCCCGUUUUACCCGAAAAAACCGACGACACCCGAAGGUCCCGCCUCCUGCUCGAAGGGGACAUUUUCGUCAUGACCAUUUACAACGCCAAGGGCAAACACCGCACCGAGGACGAAUACCGACACCUCGGCCAAUCCGCCGGCUUUCGCUCUCUCCGGGCCCACUAUGACAAAGAUCUCUUUUUCACCGUCUUAGAAUUUCACAAGUAAUAUAAUGUUUCAUAUUUCUCCCGACUGUGGGAUUGUA